AGGUCAGUGCCUCCUGCAGGUCCCAACAAAGUCUCCCUUACAGGAGAGAGAGAAGAGCUGGCUGCUCCAAGCAAGUCCCUCAGGAGACUCUUCAAAACACAGUUACCAUGGACACCAAGUUGACCAGGAGAGGACCGUGCGUGAUUGACUGCCAGCAAUCUGAUCCGGUGAAAGACAUUGACAACCAAUAGGAAGCGGGAGUGCGGCUUGUUUCCAUGGGAGGCCCCCGGGAGGCGAUGCCAAAGCACCGCUAGAAAGCACCACAGUGAGCGGUGGAGAGGGGAAAGAAGCGCAGGCAGACAGGCAGCAGCAGAGCAGCCGGGAGACGGUGGAGAUCCUGCAGCCGCUCCGUGGCUCUCUGACGCGCGGAGGAAAAGCGAGGAGGUCGCUGGGUAAGUGCAUGUUUAGUUUUUUGAGAAACUCAGGAGACUCUGCAGAUCUCUCUUCAAUUUAAGCCACAGUGGUGCAGAAUGGAUAGAUUUCACGACCAGCAAGUGCCUUACUGUAACUCCAAAAAGCCACAAGAAAAGACAACGAGCUGCGAGAGGCCAGCAAAUGACAGAAAGAGAAAAUUCAUUAAGUCCGACCUGGCUCUGGACACUGAAGAGCUCUUCCAGGACCUCAGUCGGCUGCAGGAGACUUGGCUGGCGGAAGCUCAAGUUCCCGACAAUGACGAGCAGUUCGUUCCAGACUUCCAGACUGAAAACUUGGCUUUCCACGGACUGCAGCUGAAGAUCAAGAGGGAGCUGCACAGCCCGUGUUCAGAGCUGAGCUCCAACUGUAGUCAGGAUCGGCCCUUCAAGCUCCAGUAUGGAGAGAAGUGCCCGUACAACGUCAGUGCCUAUGAGCAGAAGCAGCCUGCAGGAAUGAAGCCCUCCAGCCCAGUGACGCCCCCCUGUAGCACCCCCGUGUCCCCCCUCCAUCAUGCCUCACCCACGGCGGCCCCGACGCCCAAACCAGACAGGACCUACGCCCACAUACCGGCCUCGCAGCCGCUCCCUGACAACGCCUACUCUAUGGACCACAGAUUUCGACGUCAGCUCUCAGAGCCGUGCCACUCGUUCCCCUCCCCGCCGACGAUGGCUCGGGACGGCCGGCCCAUCUACCACAGGCAGAUGUCAGAGCCCAACAUCCCCUUUCCUCCUCAAGGCUUCAAGCAGGAGUAUCCCGACCCCCUGUUCGAACACCCGGCCAUGAUAGGGGCGCCGCUGCCCCACACGUACCCCGCCACCAUGAUGAUCAAACAGGAGCCCAGGGACUUCACCUACGACUCAGCAGAAGUGCCUAGCUGCCAUUCUGUCUACUUACGGCAAGACGGCUAUCUGGCUCACGCUAACAGGACUGAAGGUUGUAUGUUUGACAAAGUGGCGAGGCAUUUCUACGAUGAUACCUGCGUGGUGCCUGAAAAGGUUGAAGGUGACAUCAAGCAGGAGUCAGGCCUCUACCGCGAGGGCCCGUCGUACCAGCGCAGAGGCUCACUGCAGCUCUGGCAGUUCCUGGUGGCUCUGCUGGACGACCCAUCCAACUCCCACUUCAUCGCCUGGACCGGCCGCGGCAUGGAGUUCAAACUCAUCGAGCCAGAGGAGGUGGCGCGUCGGUGGGGGAUACAGAAGAAUCGACCGGCGAUGAAUUACGACAAGCUCAGCCGAUCGUUGCGCUACUACUACGAGAAGGGAAUCAUGCAAAAGGUGGCCGGCGAGAGAUACGUCUACAAGUUUGUGUGCGACCCCGAGGCCUUGUUCUCCAUGGCGUUUCCCGACAAUCAGCGGCCGGUGCUGAAGACGGACAUGGAGCGGCAGAUCAACGAGGAGGACACGGUGCCGCUGUCGCACUUUGACGAAAACAUGGCCUACGUACAGGAGGGGCCCUACUGCCCGCCGCACCCCUACAGCGAGGGCUAUGUUUAUUAACGCCAGCCCAACUCACCUCCAUCUCUACCCUCCCCCCGCCUCCUCCGUCCAUACACCUGAGACUGUCGUGUCCUCUCAUUCACAGUCGCUCCGGGAAUAAGACUGAGCACACACAUGCAGCGGAGCUUCCCUUCUCUCUCUCACAUAAACACACACAUCCUCUUUUGUUUUUUCUGACGUUCAAGCCGCACAGCAGCAUGGAGAGUGCACUUUAUGGACAGGAAGCGCGGUGUGAACCUGCCAGGAGCGAGCUACUGUUUGUGGUUGGCUUUUUACCGUUGUUUAUGUUUUGUACAUUAAUGUGGGAAUCAUUUUUAUUGUUAUGAUUUUGAGCAUGUGGCGCGCUGGUGAGACAGGACUCAACGACCAAACUCACGGUCACCCACGGACUGAAUCUUCCUGUGAAAGAAACUCGCCCGCACAAACGUGCAGCGAAACCGAAGGACGGUCACUUCUGUUCCACUUUAGUUUGUCCUCAAACAGCCAUCCUGUACUGUCAUGCUCAUUUAACUGGCAACGUAUUGUAACGAUGCUUUUAUGGUGAAGUGACAUGAUUAUAGACUUGAAGAAGUGAUGUGAUAAUAAAAAGAGACAUUUAGCCGCCAUCAGUGAGAACCGCCUCGCUGCCAGUUUGAUCACAACACCUCUCGUCCGUCAGCGACCUCUGCCCCCCCUCGUCCAAUCAAACUGUAGAUCUCAUCAUGUCGGUGUUUUUGCUGUAAAGACAUGGAUCAUUCUCUCAACAGCCUCGUGGGUUGAAGUAAAGACACCAGGAUGAAAAUACAGCUUGUGUUUAGGAUAAUCAAUAAAGCUACCGGCCGCUGUAAAAUAACUCAUUCACUGUAAACAGCAGUUUUCCUUUGUAUUCUGAAAAACACAGCAAAGCAGCAGUCAUUCGUUUGUGUUCAGUUUUUCAAUUAAUAACAGGUGAAAGUGUAUGUACAGUUAAAGUGGACACAUUCAGGAUAUUAUUUGCAUCCCCAAAAUAAAAAAAAAAGACAGAUUUGAUUGGCUUAAACAAUAAAAAGCUAAUGAAUAUCAAACAUGAAGUCAAAUACGGUUUUGUUCCAGGUGAACACAAGGUGUACAUUUUGCUUUGCAUUCAUUGAUAGGGUUGCUUUUUUUUUUUUGGUUAAAAAAAAAAAUAUUUAGAGUUUUAUAAUGUGAUGAAAAACAUUCAUGUUAUAAUAAUAAAAAAUAAUGUUCCAUUGUAUAAUCAGGUAAAUGCACAUUUUGUUGCUGCUUCAAAUUGUAAGUGUAUUUUCUAGUCUCAAGAAAAAAGAAGUGCGGCAGUUACGACCUGCUAUUCUGGAUUUUUUUUUUUUUAUUAUUUUUUUUUUUUAUUUUGUUUUUGUUCAAUUUGAGCAUUAAAAAAAAAGAAUCUGGUCUGAGUUUUGUUUCUCGGUGUUCACGUGUGUGGGAUGGGAUCUGCAAUAGCAAAAGUUCUGUAAUAAAAUAGUUCUGGAAA